AACAAGCAAUGUACUUCAAAUAAUGCUAAAUUCAUUGUCGAUGACUCGUUAUUUUUUGUUACGAUUAGUUCCGAUUUGAGUACUAGUGAGAAUGGCAGUGAUUGUUGGGAAGAGCGAGUGGUUUUUCUUUGCGUUACUUAUUUGUUUGGCGAUUACACAUAAUAUCGGGGCUGAGAUUUUUAAUUGGGGAACUGUUAACAAAUAUGCGUCGCCCAUAUUUGAGAGUGAAAUAAAAUUGAGAAGUGAAGAUGGUUCUGUCGAGUUUUAUUAUCCAAACGAUUCACUGAGUAAUGAUUACACAAUUGUGGCAAUUCAAAUAUUUGAUAAAGACUACGAUGACGUCAGUGGUGUUACAGCAAAAAUAAUGAGUGGAGGAGUCGGUCAUAAUUUCACACAAAUACGGAUAAGUCAUACAUCUUCUGACCACAAUGAGACCUCUCUAAAAAUUGUAAUGUACGGUUUGGACUUGUAGUCUCUUUAUUUAUAUAACAUAACGUUUAUCAAAAA